GUGGGCGUCGUCGGGGAAAUUAUCAUUCACCGAUAUUGUUUACGACCGUCUCCUCUUCCGCAUGUCUAUCCAUGUGUUCAUGUUGUGUAGGGAGUUUAAUGUCGUCGAGUCCUUCGACAAGCAUCGCCAUGACACCCGAGAGGCACAUGCGCUUAGCGAAACCCUUUCCACCUUGUGCGAGAUCGUUGCGGCAUCAUGACGGUCUAACGUGGAUCGACGACGCACCCGAGGACGACUUCGAGGACGAUCCAUGGACGACCGUCGUCCCUUAUAUGAACCGGCAUCUCGAUGAAUGGAACGAAAAUAACUGGAAGGCGAUGGAGCGUUCCUGCCCAUGGGCAAGCCAUUACAAGUUUGCCAACGUGUUGGAGUUCGGGAGCCUCAUUGCACUGCCUGCUGGUGUCCUCCAUCGAAAGACCCUGGACGAUAAGGGUCAACCGUACCGCUUUCGUACCAGCUUCAGACGUCGCCUCCACUGCGAGUAUAUCACAUUUUCGCCACGAACUUGGGGAAGUUUGCAAAAGCAAGAGUUGGUGGACUGCGGUCGUCAUUGUUCAUUCUUGGAACACUACCCACCCCGUUGCCCAGGGACUUCUCCACAAGCUCUGUCGUACUGUUGUGUGCGCUUGACGGAUGACGGAUGUCCUUUCGCCAGAGUGCUUUGUGUGGCUUCUUCAAGCAAAAGCGGGAAACUUGUAGAUGCAGUUGUGCUUGUGUCACGCAAUGAGAUGGUGCUUCAGGGAUCCAGGUUCAAGGCGGUCAUGUCUCGCCCAGAUGUAGAUGGGCGAUCAGACUUGGUGAGAGCAGGUCAGACCAUCGAGUUUAUGUUCUUGCACGCCUUCGAGGCAAACGACGCUUCCGAACAGUCUGCCACCCUCUAGAUCGUCUGGUGCUGCCAUGAAAUGUGGUGCCUGUGUCCGAGACCCUCUGUGCAACAGCCGCUGUAUGGCAGAAAAUGACGUGAGCGGCGACGAACGAGGCUGUAAUCAUGCAUGCUCACCAAUACAUCUUCUGUCUCGGAUUCAUCCGAAGUCGCCGGCUGCACAAGCGUUUUCAUUACUUGCUGUAUCGGCUUUUAUCCAAUCACGAAAGGACAGCCGAAUAUGAGGUUUUUUUAACAAAGGUUGGCAGAGAAC